AUGGUUAAAACAAGAUUCGUCUGCGUAUCCGACACCCACGGGUACGGAACGCGUGAGGCAGCGUUUAGACUGCCAAAGGGAGACGUCCUCGUCCAUGCCGGAGAUAUCACCAACCGAGGAACGGUGGAGGAGUUUCGCAAGUCCGCCCAGUGGAUCUUAGAGGCGGACUUUGAAGUCAAGAUUGUUAUUGCAGGCAAUCAUGAUGCCCCGUUGGAUAGAGAGUUCUACUCGCAUCACACGGAAUUCUUCCAUGGCCAGAAGGCUGAGCCUUCCGAUAAAUGCAUGGAGCUAAUCACCACCGAGGGGAUAACGUAUUUGGAUCAUACAUCCAAAACAAUCCGCCUAAAGGGUGCAAACGGGCCAAAGACGAUGUUCAAAGUGUUCGGAUCGGCUCGUCACCCCACUAGUGCUCGCCGAAUUGUUGGAUGGAAUGCACCGUUUGGCUACUCCGUCGACUCGCCAGAGGAAGCACGUCAAUGGUGGAGUCACAUUCCAUCAGAUGCAGAUGUGGUUGUUACCCAUACCCCAGCCAAAAACCAUCUUGACUUGACUACCCAUCAUGGAAAUAUCGGGUGUGAAUACCUCCGCCAGGCAUUGUGGAAGAUUCGACCUAGACUUUCCAUCUGUGGCCAUGUGCAUGAGGCUCGAGGGUAUGAGAGAGUCAAGUGGGAUGUCAAUGACAUGGAACCCGAAGCAACUGGAACUUUUGGUGAGAUCAGUACGACCGUUGGAACCUUGCCCCCUCGUGAGAGCAAGAAGAUGUCUCGCGUCGAUCUGACUGGCAAGACAUACCCGAGACUGGCAAAUGAAGGGCCCAUGGAUCCAGCAAGAAAUGAAACCUGCUUCAUCAAUGCCUCCAUCCUGGCAACUCAUUAUCCGCAUCCAGGAGGAAGGAAAUUCAAUGCCCCGAUUGUGGUUGAUAUUGAUCUCCCCCUUGAUGGCGAACAAGGACAGCAGCAGAACUAA